GCUUGGAUUGAACCAGCGAGAGAUUACGGUUUCUCUGUUGCUCAUAAUUUGUGUGUAAUCGAUUCGACGAAACAUUUUUUGAUGGUUUUGGGAGGAAGAAGAAGAAGAAGAAGGAAGCUGCAACUUCUAGUCUUAUUGUUAACAGCGAAUUCUUGACAAAUCCUUAGAAAAUGAAUGGCCAGUGUUUAUUUGCAGCAUCUCCUCCUCGUCUCAUCCCUCUUCGCUGCUCUAUAUCAUCGAGUGUUUCUCCAUCCGGUAGUUACAGAAUCAAAUUCUCCGAUAAUGUCGCCGUUGAGUGUCGGAAUCUCUGUUUCUCCGUUAGUACAAGACAAGGAAUAUCUGUUCCUAUCCUCCGUGAUUGCUCCUUUCGAAUUCCUUCUGGACAAUUGUGGAUGAUUCUUGGUCCCAAUGGCUGUGGUAAAUCUACCCUUUUGAAGAUUUUAGCCGGUGUAGUGAAUCCAUCCAGCGGCACUGUCUUUGUGGAGAAGCCGAAGAAUUUUGUAUUUCAGAAUCCUGAUCACCAGGUAGUGAUGCCUACAGUAGAAGCUGAUGUGGCAUUUGGUCUUGGCAAGUAUCAUGACAUGAAUCAGGAAGAAGUCAAGUCUAGGGUGAUUAAAGCUUUGGAGGCAGUUGGUAUGCGUGAUUAUAUGCAGAGACCGAUUCAAACUCUCAGUGGUGGUCAGAAACAAAGAAUUGCCAUUGCUGGUGCUUUAGCUGAAGCUUGCAAAGUGCUAUUGUUGGAUGAGCUCACAACUUUCCUAGAUGAGUCUGACCAGAUGGGUGUGAUCAAAGCUGUGAAAGAUCUGAUAAAUGCAAAGAAAGGAGAUGUGACGGCAUUAUGGGUGACACAUCGGUUAGAGGAGCUCAAGUAUGCGGAUGGAGCUGUGUAUAUGGAGAACGGUAGAGUAGUCAGGCAUGGUGAUGCAGCCGCCAUCUCAGAUUUCAUUAAAGCCAAACAAUCAUCUUACAUUGAUCAAAUUGGUUCUUAACUUCCUCUGUUACGAAUUUUUUUCUUUCUUAAUCGAAGAAAAAGUUGAAGCAUAUAUAGAGGCCAUGAAAAGUCGAGAUUUGCCAAAAUUUUCAAACCUCUGUUUUUCCAAAGGGAAAAUAAAGAAUGUUUGGAGAAAACUCCAGAUUGUAAUUACGUCCCCAAAUAUUGAUUAGUAUAAUUAUAUAAUACUAGAAAACAUGAAAAAAGUUACAAGAGAAA